AUGCGGACGGCGAGCGCAAACGAAGGCUCGCCACGGGACGACUUUGGGGCCGAAUGCGCAGGCGAGAGCAAGGACGAGUCUAAGCAGUCCGAAGAACGACGUAGAAACGAAGAGAGGGGCAGAUCGGACAGAGACGAUGGCCUCGAUGAGACGCCGCCAGCGCCGAGCGCACGCAGAAAGACGAGCGAAAGAGAAACGGACGGGAAAGGACAGAAGAAAUUGAAGAAAGAGACUCGCGCCCGUCGAAUCUCGUCAACGUCGAUGUCGAGCUCGAGUGAACCAGAAAACGAACGCAAAUGGGAAAUGAAACGACGGGGCGCAGAACGAGCAGACACGAUGAUCCAAUCCGACUCCGUCUACCAGAAGUCUAAGCUCGUCAUCGAGGACGACGACGACGAGACUGCAAGAGAGACGGCCGCCCACCUGCUCGAAACGAAAGCACACGCUAAAUAA